AUGGCCACUGUAGCCAGGGAAGCUAAGAAACUGCCACAACAAACGGGAGGGCAGAUUGUUAUAGCCACCCUCACCGCCUGUGUCAGCGCUGGAGGCCAGUUUGGCUUUCAAGGCUAUGGCCGUCCCUACGGUGACCCCCUGGUUGGUUCUGCAACAGGAGGGAGUUUUGCUGCUGCUCAGCCAAUCUAUCCUCCGCAACCGUACAGCUUCGGCUACGAUAGCGUCGACGAGCUCGGCACGCAGACCUACCGCAAGGAGCAAGGCGAUGCCAGCAACGCUAAGAAAGGCUCGUAUGGGUACCGUGAUGCUUUCGGCAUGUUCCGACGCGUCGACUACGUGGCCGACCAGUACGGAUUCCGUGCCAACGUGCACACCAACGAACCCGGCACGGCGCCCGGAGGCAGCGCCGACGCCGUGUUCGACGCAAAGCCCCGCGCCGCCUCGGCUGCCCUGAUCCAAGGAGCAGCCUCUGGUCACCAUCAUCACCACGCACCUGCGGGCGCAGGGUUUGGAGGGUUUAGUGGGCCGCUGCCCUGGGCUGGUUGA